UUUCAGAAGUUGCUGAAUGAUGCUCUAAGUUACACCUGACAUUUUAAUAUGUAAUUGAUGUCUGAAAAAUCUGAAAAUAAUUUGGCAAUUUUUAAACAACCAACUUUGCAACUGUGUUUAAAGUGUGGCCUAGAGUCAAACUGUUUUUGCGAUUUUGAAGCAAAACAUGUGGUGUGUCAAACUACUAAACCAUAUUUGAUUAAAACGAUAAAAAAUGUAUCUACUGGAGAAAUAAUUUUUAAUGAAUUUCCUCUUAUUUUUGGACCUAGGCUUGACUACAAAAGCAACGUAAAACUCUGUAUUGGAUGUUGCAAACAUCUUUUUAACGAAAAUAAAACUGAUUGUCCUAAAUGUUCCUUACCUUUCUGUAGUCUUGAUUGUGAUGGUUUUACCUCGAGACACGAUUUUGAAUGUAGCAUUUUUAAAUUAAGACAAUUUGAUCAAAAUUUUAAGUAUUGUGCUUUAGUACCCUUAAGAACACUUUUUUUGCAAAAUACAAACGUAGUUCAGUGGCAAAAAAUAUUUGAUCAAUUUGAAGUAGAGUUGAGUAAAGAUUUUAUUUUAAAAAACAAUGAUGAAAUCGAGCAGUAUGUAGAACAAAAUUUCUUAAUUCCUCUCAGACAACAAGAAAAUGAAACGAAACAAAUAAUUCUUGAAGAUAAAUCAAAAGAGACUCUUGAAAAAAUUAUCUAUUUCUUACAAUCUAACACUCACAACGAUAAAGAUUUGAUAUUCUUUUACCCAACUGCAAGUCUUCUAAAACAAAGUUGCACUUCUAAUACUACUUUUACUAUUGAAAACUCCAAAAUAACAGUAAGAGCAAUUAGUGACAUAUCUGAAGAUACUCCUUUAACUUGUUCUUAUACAAAUAUCUUUAUUGGUACUCAUGCCCGUAUCGAAGACUUGAAAAAAAUUAACAAAACCUGUUUUUGUGCCAGAUGUAACGACCCUUCCGAAUUUGGUACAUUUUUCAGUGCUUUGAAAUGUAUAGGUACCAAACAAGACUCUUGUGGUGGUAACCAACUUCCGGUGAAUCCCACGAAUGAAGAAACUUUAUGGGUCUGUAAUAAGUGCAAAAUUGAAUUACCUCACAAACAAAUAGUCCAAUUUGUGAAACACCUCGGAGGGCAACUUGAAAAGACUUUAGCGAAGAAAGUUUCAAUUGAAGAACUGGAGGAAUUUUUGGGCAAAUUGUUAAUGUUUUUGCAUCCCAACCAUUUUUACAUUUUUGCGGUCAAAAAUAUCUUGAUUAAAUUGUAUGGAGAAGAAUCUUUAGCUACGAAAAUUCAAAUUUGUGAAGAAUUGAUCGAGAUUGUUGAAAAAUUUGAAGAUGGAGGGUUACUUCUUGGGAAAUUAUUGUACGAAUUGUUUGUGUCAAAAGCUUCAAUUUUGGUUGAAAAUAGAAAUGUUGAAGAGUUGACAACAAUAAUUGAAAAAAUGAGAAAAAUCGGCCAAGUGCAUCAAGACCGGAGUUUUCUUCAAAUUUUGCAAGAAGCCGAGUCAAAAUUUGAUUCUAUGUAACCCCACACUAAUAAAUUUCUUUGCAUACA